UCACCCGGAACUUCUAUCAGCCUGCCAUCGUCCAUGUUGCUAUAAAGAAAAGAGGAACAAGUAGUCGUAUUGUACAUAAGGUUGGAGUUAGGAGCAGGUUAUAGAAAUUAGAUCAGCUGUGUAAAUAAGGGUGUGGCAGUAUUUACGAAAAUGGACGGUGCAGGAGGGUACUCAGGAACUGGAGAGGAAGGGGCAGGAGGUGCUCAACGCAACCCACAGAACCAGGCUGCCCAGAAACGCCUUCAGCAGACGCAAGCAAAAGUUGAUGAGGUAGUUGGCAUCAUGCGUGUCAAUGUCGAGAAAGUACUUGAACGUGAUCAAAAGCUAUCAGAGUUAGAUAACCGUGCAGAUGCCCUGCAGCAAGGAGCCUCACAGUUCGAGCAGCAGGCUGGAAAACUGAAGAGGAAAUACUGGUGGAAGAACCUCAAGAUGAUGAUAAUUAUUGGCGUAAUAGCACUGCUGUUACUUGUAGUCCUGAUUGUAUGGGCAGCAUCAGGUUCAUCCAGUGAAGAACCUGCUUCACCAGUGACAGCUGCUCCAGUGACUGAGCAUCAGUCAGCGAAUUAGCCUGAUGGAAACAUAAUUCAGCCCCCUCAGAUCAGCUACUUCAGUAACAAGAGAUCACUGCAGCUUUUAUUUCCAGUCCUCAAGAAGACAUGGACAUCAUUUCUGGAGACGUACUACAGUAGCUAGGGAAAUUGCACACUCGCAUCUUCUGAUGGCUGAGGGUUAGGAGACUCGGGACAGUAGUCCAAGUGGGAUGGGUGGGGGGGUGGGGUUGGGGUUGAAAACUACCCUGUACUGUAAAAAGAAAGACAUUUGCUGUUUAGUUAAUUUUAUUAAUUUUGCUUGUUGAUUCCUAAGAAACAGAAAUGCCACAUUUUACAGGUAGUGUAACUGAAAAUAAAGGACAUAGAGCCAUGCUUGUAUAAAAUAUUUUUGUGUAAGUUAACAGACAAUAUUCAUGGGAACAAUGUUUAUUAUUUAUCUAUUGUUAAUGGGACAGUAUGCCUUAAUCUCUUAGCUUGGUGUAGCAAGCCCCACAUUUCAGCUAGGUGUUACGCUUCUUGCUUACCUGCUUUUUUUUCCCCCUCCAAAGGUUGGAAACAUUAGGACCAGGGUUAAAACUGAAGGAAAUGGUUACUUGUUAUGAUUAAAGUCCAAAACCUUGUUCCUGAGGUGAAAGAAAUGGCCAAUUUGCGGCUUAAUGUUGUUCUGAACACAUGAUUUCUUUGUGACCAUGUUCUUCUAUUGUCAGGCUGGGGUGUUCAGAACACAAUGUGUUGUUUCUUUUUUAAGAUUAUCUUGAGAAGCUACACGAUACAUGUACCUCAGAAUGAAUGUAAAUUUGUAGUGGACAAUCUGUAGGUCUGUUCUUCAGCUAAUUAGUAGAGAAAGCAGACUUGUCACAUGGCUGAAAGGCAGAUGUUCUCUUUCCAAAAUAAACUGUUGACUUGUAUUUGUGAUUCACAUUUAGCUUAUGUGAUUUUAUUAUUAUAAUUGGAGAGAGUCCCAUUUGGUGUAAAACUGUGUAUCUGAGGUGCAGACAUGAAGCCUGCAAUUGAGAGAUCAUUAAAUAAACCAAUAAAAACAUAUUCCAAGUGAUGCACCACAUAACUAUGAACAUUCAGAAACGUGGGACAUUUGUGGCGUCAUCUGUUUAUGCAGAUACAGAAAAACAGCUUGUUCUCUAUGUCAGCUGUGUUAUUCAGGUAAUUGGCUGAAACUUGGUGAUAUUUGCUUGUGGCCUUUGUAACUGUGUUAGCUGGAGCAUUUGUGUUGCUGCUGGUGAUCCCUUGAGGUUCAGUCCAAAGUGCCAGAUAUUCCACUCCACUAAAAUAAUUUUGCCUUAAGGUGAAUGUAAAUAAUUGUGUUGAUUUUUAUUCCCUUCAGAUAGUUACUAUUAGCCAUUACAAAAUGAGUAUAUAUACAAAGAGAGUUCUGAUUAUAAAGGUUUCUAAUGUCACAUAUUUUAUUAUGAUCAAAAAAUAAAGUGAUUGUCAGCAA